UUUUCUGAGAAAUCGAUUUCCCGCCGACCCGACCCCAACAACCAAAGCCUCUCGAACGAGAUCAACCACUUCCUUCUUUUUCGUUCACGAUCCCCAUUCUCCGCUAACCACAACAGCCCUCCACGAGGACCGAGAGCAACCAUGUCGGCGAAGACGGAAUCCACGACCAAGAAGUUCGGCUCGUCGACUCGGGUCGUCCCCGCCCCCUCCCAGAAGGCGCAGAAGUGGUACAACGCCGACGAUGAGCCCGAGGCCAAGAAGGUCCGCAAGGCCGUCCGCCCCUGGGCUCCCCGCCAGACCCUCCAGCCCGGUACCAUCCUGAUCCUCCUCGCCGGCCGCUUCCGCGGCAAGCGCGUCGUUCUCCUGAAGACCCUCGACCAGGGUGUCCUUCUCGUUACCGGCCCCUUCAAGAUCAACGGCGUUCCCCUCCGCCGCGUUAACUCCCGCUACGUCAUCGCCACAUCCCAGAAGGUCGACGUCUCCGGCGUUGAGUCCAAGAAGAUUGAGGAGAUCUCCGCACCCAAGUACUUCACCGCCGACAAGGCCAAGAAGCAGACUGGCGAGGACGCUUUCUUCAAGCAGGGAGAGAAGCCCCAGGUACGAUUAUACAUUCUCUGGAAAGACCCAGAUUCAGAUUGGACACAAGAGGAUGGGAGACUGACAGCAAAUGUGUGACUACAGAAGAAGGAGAUCAACAGCAGCCGUGCCGCCGACCAGAAGGCCGUCGACAAGGCCCUGCUCGCCAACAUCAAGAAGGUCGACAUGCUCGCUUCCUACCUGGCGAGUUCCUUCAGCCUGCGCAAGGGCGACAAGCCCCACGAGAUGACCUGGUAAACAGUUUUUUUCACCAAAAGCUGUUGAGAGGGAGGUUUCGUUUGGCGUGUGGGCUUUUCGGGGGUUUGCUCUCUUCGUCGCUGGUCGUUUCAAAAAAUCAAGGCUUCCGGAUGAUGUGGACGUAGAGACCCGUGGAAAAAGGCAGGGGCAAAGUCAAUUGGGAUUCAAAAAAAGAAGAACCACACAUUUUUUUCGCCCAGUUCGCAACGGUUGAGGAAUGAUGUUGUUGUAGACGACGGAAGAUCUUAUGGCUACACGGGCUGGGCU